CAUAAAUUGAAGGUGCGCGUAUAAACUGAAGUUUGGGAUUACCAGAUUCACUAUGUAUAUAUUCAAUACCCCCGACUGUUUACAUGCUUACAGUGUACAUGUGAUAACGUAGUCGACAGGUGAACGACACAGACAGAUACCGCCCUUGAUCAACGUCUGAAUCUUUUAGAAUGAGUAUCCUGCUUUUUGAAGGGGAGACACAUGCCGAAUUGUAUGCCAAGUACCGACCCAAGUAUCCCGACGCAUUGUACGAGAUGAUCGGGAACUUCUGUCGCGCCCAAGGGACCAGCGGAGUGGGAGUAGCCGUGGACGUAGGAUGUGGAAGCGGUCAGGGAACUUUCCCUCUUUGUGACACAUUCAACCAUGUGGUAGGCGUGGAUAUUAGCCAAAGUCAGAUCGAACAGGCUUUACGUCUCCAGAACCUCGAUAACAAAUAUGACGCAUCCAGACUGAGUUUUCGGGUCGGACCUGCAGAGGAUCUGAGUUUCCGAGAGGACAACUCUGUUGAUCUUGUAUCAGUUGCAGCAGCGAUACACUGGUUGGACACAGAGAAGUUUUAUAAAGAAGUCGAUAGGAUACUGAAGCCCGGGGGGUCACUUAUCGUAUACACCUAUGUACUCCCGAAACCUGACAAGGAGGAAGCAGUGCAGAUGGAAGCACAGUUCUAUAAAGAACAUCUAAGCGAGUAUGCAAGCAGUCGAAUGUUUCCAAAACUAGAGGAUUACAAAAUUCCAUACAGUGACGAACUUGGGUUACGGACGGUGCCGAUGAACUCUACCUUGUCUGUCCACGAAUACGUAGGACUAAUUACCACACUUUCCGCUAGUCAAACCUAUCUACAACACAACCCAUCCUCCGCCAUAUUCGACGAUCUCACACAAAGGUUGCUGGAGUUGUAUACAGAUUCCGUUACCAAGGAGGAAAUCAAAAUGUUCACCACGUCCACGGUGACGGUACGGACGGGCCGUAAACCCCUGUAACUGCGCCAGAGACAGGGACGAGACUUAAACGCGUCUAACUAGUGUCUUCAUUGGCUGUAUUAAGGACCAGACGUGAACUCGCUUUACAAGUGACGUCAUCGCGGAUUCGCAAAUCCCUCUAACCAGUAACGUCAUCGGGCAUGAUUAUUGAAUAGACAAAAAUUACAUGUAUAGAGAUAACGUUCUUUAUAUGAUUGUCGAUAUGAUUCAUAUCAGGUAAAAAGUCGUAUAUGUUUGUAUUGACGCGAUGCUAUGGCACAACGAGGGCAGAGAUAUAUUGUGGAGCACGUGGUUUUAUUGUUUUUAUAUUAUGCUAUAUUUUUUAUUCAGUUACAUGUAAGAAUACAAUGUACCUCAUAGGAAAUAUAUAAUCUUGAGGGUUUACGUAGUCAAUCAGUAUACUUGUAUAAUAUACAUACCUUACCUCUAAAUCUGUUGACCAGCUAUCGGUUAGUUUUUUGUUGGCCUAUUGCUUGUUUGAAAUAAAUCAAGUUCAGAAUCUUA